GGUAUGUUUUUCCCUUUCGCACGUGUGCAGUGAACAUUUAACAGCACUAACCAGCAUGGCGGCGUGCAGUGUGGAAGCGCUGUUAGCUAAAGCUGAACAAGACGAGGCAGAGAAACUGAGAAGCAUCUCCGUCCUCAAAGAGCUGGACCUCGAGUUUGACGUCGGAAACCUGCUCGCGUGCGACAAAAACCGCAUCGAGUCUCGAGCCUUCAGGGAGCAGAAAAAGGAGGACUUUCUAAAGGCGUUAGCUCGUGACAACACGCAGCUGCUCAUCAACGAAAUCUGGAAACAGCCCACGGAGAGAGUCCAGGAGGCGAUAGUGGCCAAACUACCGGAGCCUGCGACCCGCCUGCCCAGAGAAAAACCCCCACCCAAGCCCAGACCUCCGACCAAAUGGGAAGAGUUCGCCAAACUGAAGGGCAUACAGAAGAAGAAGAAGACCAACUUAGUGUGGGAUGAAACUGCCAAGGAGUGGAGGAGGCGCUGGGGCUACAAGAGGGCCAAAGAUGACACCAAAGAGUGGCUUAUUGAGGUACCCGAGACUGCAGACCCCAACGAGGACCAGUUUGCCAAACGUGUCAAAGCCAAGAAGGAGAGGGUGGCGAAAAAUGAGUUCAACAGGCUGAAGAACAUCGCCAGGGCACAGAAAGUCAAAGUGCCCGGAGUUGGUCUGACCCCUAAAGCCCAGCAGUCCAAAGACGAACUGGCCCAGGCUGUGAGCGUGGCCAGAACCUCCACAGCAUCAGUGGGACGGUUUCAGGACCGCCUGCCUAAAGAGAAACCACCUAAGAACCAAGGCAAGAAGAGGAAGUUCGAGCCCCUCAUCGGUGACUUCUCCAGCGAGAAGAACAAACAGCUGGAGCUUCUGAAGGUACUGGACAGCAAGAAGCCAAAGCUGGACAUCACCAAGGCUGUGAACAAACAGAUGAGAGAGGAGGACAGAGAGGAGGCCGCAGCCAAACACAAGAGAGGAGCAGGCAAGAAGGGACGCAAAGGAAACAUGGCAGGAAAAGGCAAAGGAAAGGGAGGAGGGAAGGGGAAAGGAGGAGGGAAGAGGAGAGGAAAACCUGGGAAACGCUGAUGAUGUUUGCGUCAGAACAUUGGACUGGACUGAAAAGAUGCUGCUGGGACACAUUUUACCAUUCUGUGGCCUUUUCAGUGUGCUUAUCUGUAAAUGUGUGUCCUGGUCUCUAUGGAAACAAACUGAUAAAUAUUUUAAUAUCAAUGGAAAAUACUGAAAAAAUAAGAUUAUUAAUUUCCCUUUCCCUCUUUGGUUUAAGUCAGACUUUAUAAAAUCACAGCUAUGAAACAUACAAGGCCUUUACAAAAAAUAUUUUGUCUUGUUAAAAAGAAAUGUGAAUAAAAUAAGUACCAUAAAAACUGAA